AUGGCCUCCCAGAAGCUAAUCACACGCCCGGAUGCAUCUUUAGGAAACGCACCUGGGCUACGUCCCCUCUUCGAAGAUAUCGCAAAGUACACCUCCGACCUCCAAGACGCCAGUCAAUCGACGGCGUCAGCGCAGCCUACGCCGGUGCGCUCACAGACUGUUGUCGCCGAGGGUCCCGCACCCAAGAAACGGAAGAUUGCCAAUGGAAAUGAUUCCGCGCGCUCUUCGCCCGCGAUGGCUGGGGUGAGCGAGGAUGCCGAUUUGCAGAUUUACGUGCAAGAUAUGUCAUUUGCUGUGCCCCAACGGAAGAAGUUGCAGUUGGAGAUCACACGUUCGCCGGGGAACGUUGAGUAUCUUAGGGCGAGAAACCAGGCUCUGAAUAUGAUAGAAUUCGGAGUCCCUUUUUCAAAGAUUCAGCAUGUUCUAUGUCUUCCAGUGCCGGAAAAGUCUCAGAGGCAGUUUAACUUUUGCGUAAUACCCCAAGGAAAUGAUGGAAUAUCAGCACCUAAAGCUGGAGAACCCGUUUACGAAACGAUUGUUUGGACGGUCCCUGACGGGCCACCGCGGACGGCGUUCCUAGGCUCGGGCACCCCUGCUAUGGAAGGCGCCAGUUUGGCGGAGACGUAUUCAAGUUAUCUCCAGAGUGCUUUGAAUGAGAAGUUGAAGCAUACAAAGGUCAUUUGUCCCAGUGAAAAGUUGUUUGCGAGUGCUAUUCCAGAGCCUCAUCGUAAGGGAGAAAAGGCAUUUCACGUCAAAGCAUUCCGUGGCAGCAAGGAAGGCUAUCUAUUCUUCCUCUCUACCGGCAUAUUCUUUGGCUUUAAGAAACCUCUCAUAUUUUUCGCUUUCGACAACAUUGAAUCAGUUUCGUAUACUUCUGUCCUUCAAAGGACUUUCAAUCUUAACAUUUUAACCCGUUCGUCUACAAAUCCCGACCAUACCCAGGAGUUCGAACUUUCCAUGAUUGAUCAGGCCGAUUAUCCGGGGAUUGAUUCGUAUAUCAAAAAUCAUAGUCUUCAGGAUGCUAGCAUGGCAGAAGCUCGACGCGCCAAAAACCUCAAUAUCAACGGCGAGAAAGGCGAAACCCAGGAAGGUCAUGGUGGAGAAGAAGAAUCCGAAUUGCAAAAAGCGCAGCGUGAGCUUGAAGACCAGGAAGAUGAGGAGGAAGAGGACUAUGACCCUGGAAGCGACGGAGAUAGUGACGGGAGCGGCUCUAGUAGUGAUGAAGAAGAUGACAAUUAUGGUAAUGAGGAUCAAGGCGGUGGCAGGAAUCUGGUCCAAGAAGAGCUUGGAAGCGAAGCAGAGGAUGUGCAAGCUUGA